ACCCAAAGAUAAAAUAAGUUAAUCACGAUAAAUUUAUAAAGCAUCCACAAUGUCUCUUUACAAAGUUAGUUUCCUUGCUCACCUACUUGUUCUUGGAAUGUUUCUACUAGUAAGCACGGUGGAACUUGUUUAUGCUUGUACUAAAGAAUGUGGUAAUCUUGGGUAUGGGAUAUGCCCAGGUUCAGAAGGAACUCCAGAAAAUCCCAUAUGCACCAAUUGUUGCACAGGCUAUAAGGGUUGCAAUUAUUAUAGCGCUAAUGGAACUUUUAUUUGUGAAGGAACGUCUGAUCCUAAAAAACCUAAUAUUUGUCCCUUAUAUUGUGAUCCACAAAUUGCUUAUUCAAAGUGUCCCCGUUCAGAAGGAAAGUCGAUAAUUUAUCCUACUGGAUGCACCACCUGUUGCACGGGGUACAAGGGUUGCUACUAUUUCGGUAAAGACGGUAAGUUUGUCUGUGAAGGAGAGAGUAUUGAACCCAAGGCUUGUACUAAAGAAUGUGACCCUAGAGUUGCUUAUAUGACUUGUCCAUCUUCUGGAUUGGCCAAGCUUAAUCAAGUUUGCGUUAAUUGUUGCACCGCAGGAGAGGGCUGCAAACUCUAUGAUCAUGAUGGAUCUUUACUUUGUACUGGGGAGCCUCAGAACAAUAAAUCCGCAGCAUAACGCAGCUGUUUAUAUUUCUAAUCAAUUAUAUGAUGUUGUAGAUUAUUUGUGUGUGAAAUAAAAGCAUGAACGGUGAUCUAUAUAUAGGCACUGUCAUGCUAAUCUAGGUGUCCAAGUCUCCAAGUGUUUAAGGAAGCAUUACUUUGUUU